UGUGUGUGAGGUAGAGGGAGUGUGUGAUCAGGAAGAAGAGGAGGUAUGUUCACCCGCACAGGUGUUUGUGUACGAUGAGAACACGGAGCUGAUGCAGGGGGUCGCUGAGGAACAGGAAGUGGAGACAGAAGUAGUGGAAACGGGUAACGCACACACACUGACACUGCCUCAUGUGGCUCUCUGCUGAACUGCAGCACUGUUCUGUCUCGCUGCCCCUCUGUUCUGUCUCGCUGCCCCUCUGUUCUGUCUCGCUGCCCCUCUGUUCUGUCUCGCUCCCUCUCUGUUCUGUCUCUCUGCCGCCCCGUACUGUCUCGCUGCUGCCACUCUGUACCGUCUCGCUGCCCCUGUGUUCUGUCUCGCUGCUGUUCUGUGCUGUAAUGUAUGUUUGCUUGUAACAGUAGAUUUGAGCAAGAUUACACACUGCAUACUGCACUUUAUUCUUCAUUCAGGUCUUUUGUAAUUCAGUCACACAGUCUGAGAGGGAAAUGGUUUUCAGAUGAUUCACAGAUAAAAUACAGAUAUUAAACUUACUCCAGCAAUAAUUGUGUGUGUGUGUGUGUGUGUGUGUGUGUUUGUGUGUAUAUGUGAUCGUGUGUGUGUGCCCUGCAAUGGGUUGGCACCCCGUCCAGGGUGUCCCCAGACUCAUAAGUCCCCUGGGAUAGACUCCAGGCUCCCCGUGACCCUGUGUAGGAUAAGUGCUACAGAAAAUGGAUGGAAUUUUUCUUUCUCUCUGCCUGCUAGCAGUUUUUCGUUAGCAACGUUAGCACUGCUUCUGCUCUCUUGUGGCUGUGUGCUGAAAUACAGCCCUGCAGUAUGACCUCAGAAAGAUCACUGAACUCAGUAAUUCAGUCAAACAUUAACAAAACAUUAUGUGUAAAACCUAGCUUCAGGCUGAGUUCGUUUAUACCACCAUAAAUAUCCACUGAGGUGCUUCACAUCUUUUUUUCAUCUCUGAUUUGUGGGUGAUGGAGAUCUAACUUAAACUGGACUCAACAAAAUAAAAACUUUUAAAAAAUUACUUGUGUAUAAUUAUCACCAAUGUCAGCACUUUUACUAAUUGUUUUGCUAAUUGGAAAUGGAACAUGGGCGUAUUUUUGAUUUCGUCACAGAAUUGUGAACCCACAGUCCUGUGACGAAUUCAAAAAUACGCCCGUGGUCAUUAGGCUAGGAAAUCUGGAAGUAUUGGUAAGUCUUUAUAGUUUAGUAGAAUUAUAAACAUUUUCUUCAUGACCUUAUUAAAGUGAAACCACAAUUUUUAGUCACAUUGCAUGGACUUGUGCUUUUCUCCAUUAACAGACUCAAUUUUCAACAUCAUUUCUUUAUCAAUGUGUGCAAAUUUAACAUAAAAAUAUCGUAGUAAAGAAAUUUAUACGCUGUUAAUAAAAAUAUUAGAUCAGUUUUAGUGGUAGCUUUUAGAGAAUCCCUUACAUUAUUAACUUUAUUCUGAGGUAAAAUUUCUGUAGCUGACAAUUUAAGAAAUCCGUCAGUUAGUGAGCUAUAUAUCUUAUAUAUGUUAUGGAUAAGCUGCGUGUUUGAUAAGUGUGUAAAUUAGACUGAAAUAAUGAAGUAAAUAAAUGAAUUCUGAGGUAAAUUCUUCGUAUAGUACAGAGGCACGCUGUGCGGCAGGAUCUGCGGCGGUGCUUCGGCGAUAUUAGAGGUGGAGUGAUCUCUCUUAUUCGAGCGCUUAGCGUGCGAGUCAAUGGCGUUGUUUUUUCCUCUCACCUAUAUUCAGGGCAGUUACGCCUUCCUGUGCUGUGAUUGGCUGACAGCUCGUGAAUAUGCGCUACUAGCCAAUCCCAGCACAGGAGGGCUGGGCAAUCGUCAGGCGCGGGAGGCGGGAACUGCCGGAGUGCAGGUGGGAAAGAAAGAAAAUAACGCGAGUCAAUGAGUAUGAACGUGAAGCUAAACAUGGCGACGUCGCUUCAUGAGGGAGCCGCUAACCAGUUGGAUUUACUCAUCCGUGCAGUGGAGGCAUCAGUACAUGGAGGCUCCGGUGUUCACUGCACUGAUAAAACAAUUGAAGCAGCAGAAGCUCUUUUACACAUGGACUCACCAUCAAGCUUGCGGGGAGACCGCAGUCCAGAGGUGUUUGUCCCUCCAUGUGUAUCCACUCCAGAGUUCCUGCAUGCCGCCAUGCGUCCUGAUGUUGUCACGGAAACAGUGGUGGAGGUCAGCACAGAGGAGGUGGAGCCUAUGGAGGUGGUGACUUUAAUCAAGGAACCGAGAGGGAUGGAGAGAGAUGGGCGGAAAAAGAAAACUGGGAGGAAGCCCAAUAAGCCCCACCCCAUCCCCAAUGGUUCUCCAGAUUUAGGCAUCAAGAAGAAGUCAAGAGAGGGCAAAGGCAGUACGUACCUGUGGGAGUUCCUGUUGGACUUGCUGCAGGAUAAGAACACCUGUCCCAGAUACAUUAAGUGGACCCAGAGGGAGAAAGGCAUCUUUAAGCUGGUGGACUCUAAAGCCGUGUCCAAGCUGUGGGGCAAACACAAGAACAAACCCGACAUGAACUACGAGACCAUGGGACGUGCCCUCAGGUACUACUAUCAAAGAGGGAUCCUGUCAAAGGUCGAAGGUCAGAGGUUAGUCUACCAGUUUAAGGAAAUGCCUAAAGACAUUGUUGUCAUUGAUGAUGACAAGUGUGAUGCAGAUGAUCUGGGCGGGGCUUAUGAGCAUGUCAUGGCCACUGACCUCUCCAAAACGUCGGGCAUCCUGAGAGGGGUGGGGCCAGUUAUAAGCCCCACCUCUCCCAAAACCAAGCCCUUGCCCAAUGUCACGCCCAUUCAACGCAUAGUGACCGUUUCCACGCCAACAGAGUCGCCGCAUGCCACAAUUAUUCCCAACGCCAGUGCACCCAGGACUGUCCGAGUUGCUAUGCAAGUCCCUGUUGUCAUGACAACGCCCCUGGGUCAGAAGAUCUCACCGGUUGCCAUCUCAACAGCGACCCCACCUCCUUCCAGCGUUACCACGGUGACCGGAGCCUCCACCCCGAAGGUUCUGAUCCAGACGGUUCCGGCCAUGGAGAACAGCGAUAAGAUCACGCUACAGCUCGCCAAGAUAAUCACCAUCACACCCAUUACUCUCGCCCUGCCCCCUGGCACAGGUCCUGCCCACUCACACCCUCAUAGCUCCGCCCCCACCACACGGCUUCCUGUGCAGAUACAUGUUCAGUCUGACAGUCACAUGACACACACAGAGCCAACCCAGGAAGUGGAGGGACACACACAGGAAGUCACAGCUUACACACACAGCUAAAGGGGGAGACAGUCUCUUCUCUGUCACGCACACACAUACACCAGCCAAACAGGAAGUGGAAAUGCGCAGACAGGAAGUAGUAAUAGCACAAAUUUGUGGAACUAAAAACAAAAAAAGAGAGACUGUCAUGGAACAUUAACUAACACACACAAGAACACAGCAGCCCUGUAAAUUCAUUGAGACUGUUUUAUGGGACCAGCGUGAAGGGCACUACAGACAGGAAGAACACUACACAGGACACAGUCCGUAUGACUGUACACACAGAGGAGUGUGUGUGUGUGUGUGUGUGUGUGUGUGUACUCACACUUUUAUACUUGUACAGAGACUUAAUCCUUUUUUUUUUUUCUUUUUUUUUUGCAUUUGUGAUGCAAAACCAGCAUUUAAGUUUGGACCGUCACUGUGAUGAUGUCACAGGAUGAAGGGAAAGGACAGAUGGGCGGGAGAAGGGAAUGUGAGAGUGAGAGAGAGAUAGGAAGGAAAGAAAGAAUGAAUAGGAAGUGAGAAAAAGGGAAUGUGUGUGUAUUAUUAUUAUUAUUAUUAUUAUUAUUAUUAUUAUUAUUGUUAUUAUUUCUUCAGUGGAGGGUUAAUAAGGUGUGUGUGUGUGUGUGUGUGUGUGUGUGUGCUGUACCAAGCGCAGUAUUACAGACAGCUAAUCACACAAUGCUGUUUAAGGUCAAAGUUCAACAUUUCCUUUUCUUUCCUCUACUGUGUGUGUGUGUGUGUGUGUGUGUGUGUGUGUGUGUGUCCUGAGUCAGAGGAACAGCAGGAUGAGGAGGAGGAGGAUGAUGAUGAUGAUGAUGGUGUUUGUAUAUUGAACAUUAGAAUUGUACACUCUAUUUUGUUGUACUCUGUAUUCCAGUAGAUUUUACUGAAUUAUAAAUCACUGAACUCUC